UCUUAUCCCGGCUACAGCAGGCAGCAUCUUAAAAACCGAACAGCAGCCAGUGAGGUGUCAAGUUCUUCUCUGCCGCAAUGUUUAUUUACAUUAAACAUGGAGAUAAUAACCAGUUCCUAGUUAACACCAACUGUCCAACCGUUGUCCUCAUGGAAUACAUAAAAACCAGGUUGGGACUUGCUGAGUCAGAGCUUAUAGACCUGUGUGAUGAACGAGGAGUGCUGAAAUUCCUCUUCCUGCCCCAGAAUUCACAGCAAUCUGCUCGUGGACUGCUAAAGGCUAAAGAGUCAUUCAUUGUUUGCAUUAUUAAGCGUAGAUCUGAUGGGGCUUAUAAUUCUGUCACAUCACUGUUAUCCGGUGUUGACCCUGCUGUAAUAGAGACCCUGCAGACUCAGAUUGACAAUCUUGAGAAAACUCGUCUGAAGCAGCUUCAUAUUGUGGAGACUCGUAUGACUUCAUCAGAGGAAAUCAAUGCUCAGACUCUGUCCACUAAAACUACUAAAAAGCGCAAGAAAGUUACACAUGCAAAUGCCCCUGAUGAAGAAGUCCAGCGCCACACAGGGGACAGGAAGAGCAGGAAUUGAACAAAAGCUCUCACAUUCGAGCAUUCAGUGUUCAUACUCAUUCUUAAUGAUGAGUCCCAGUUUAAUUCAUUCAAAUUACAGACGUGUUCAUCAGAAAUGCUGUAUUAUUUUUUACAAAUUAUUUAUCUUUUUACUAGGUGAUUCAAGUUGCUACAUUCAUUUUAUAACACACAAAACCA